UGUAUGUGUUGGAUUUUUAAUACUUGUGUUCACCUUACAGAAGAAAUAAAUAGUAAACAACGAAAAUGAUUAAAAAUGGUACAUUAAAACUCAGUUGUAUAGGCUCUAGUCCAAUAACUAGUUUUAGAUUUUUAUCGUCACAAACUAAUAGUACAGGUAAGAAUAUAGAUGCUAAAUUCCAUGAUCAAAAUCUAAAGCCCAUUGUGACACCACCUGAACCAAUGCCAUCAAUACCAUUUCCUACUGUACCAUGUCCAACACAGACUCCUGUAAUAGAAAUACCAGGCCCUAUUAUUGAACCCAUUCUUCCUCAAUCGUAUCCUCAAACUGAACCUGUGCCAGAAUCUAAACCGCCUAUUGAAAUUCCAGUACCAAACAGAAGUACAACAUACAAAGAUGUACAAGCAAAUACUCAAGAUGAUGUACUGAUAAAAGAUACUGGAAAUAAAGGUAUUAUAACAUUAAAUCGCCCAAAAGCCUUGAAUGCCUUAAAUUUAUCAAUGGUUGAGAAAAUAUAUCCAGCCCUUAAACAAUGGGAAACAUCUAAAAAAUUCGUAAUAAUAGAAGGCGCAGGAGAAAAAGCAUUCUGUGCUGGUGGUGAUGUAAAAUCUAUUGUUGUUGCAGUAAGAGAAGGCAAUAAAGAAUUGGGUGAAGCAUUUUUUAGAAAAGAAUAUACCCUAAAUCAUUUAAUUGGUACAUAUAAAAUACCAUAUGUAGCUUUAAUAAAUGGAAUAACUAUGGGAGGUGGAGUUGGACUAUCCGUUCAUGGUAAAUAUCGAAUUGCAACAGAGAAAACUUUAUUUGCAAUGCCAGAAACAGCAAUAGGAUUAUUUCCUGAUGUUGGUGGAACAUAUUUUUUACCUAGAUUAAAAGGGAAAUUAGGACUUUAUCUUGGAUUAACAGGAGAAAGAUUAAAAGGCAUUGACAUACUACUUGCUGGUAUUGCAACACACUUUGUUCCUUCUGAGAAAUUACCAGCUUUAAAACAAGAUUUACUAAUAAAUGAGGUACCUGAUAUUACAAAGGUUUUAGACAAAUAUCAACCUCAAAAUUUAGAUAAUAAGUUUUCAUUGGCACCAUAUAUAACUCAAAUUGACAAAUGUUUCUCUGCAUCUUCUGUAGAGGAAAUAAUAGAAAGAUUAAAAGAAGAUAAAUCUGAAUGGGCAGAAAAAACCAUACAGACAUUGUUGAAAAUGUCUCCAACAUCAUUAAAAAUUACUAUGAGUGCUAUUCAAAAUGGAGGCACCCUCAGUUUAGCAGAUUGUUUAAAGAUGGAAUUCAGAUUAGGAUAUAAUUAUGGUUUAUGUAAAACUAAUGAUUUUUGCGAAGGUGUUAGAGCCCUGUUAAUAGAUAAAGAUCAAAAAUCAAUAUGGAAUCCAAAAACUUUAAGUGAAGUAACUGAUACAUAUGUAAAUCAACAAUUUGCUACGUUACCAGAAGAAAAGGAAUUGUUACUUUGA